AAACUUACUAUGGGUCUUAUAUUGUAGCUUACGCUUAUAAAGAGUUCAAGAAUUCAGAAAGCAGGUUAAGAUUUUACGAUCUUAUUAAAGUUCGAAAAUUUAAGGACAUUUCAGAACUUAAAAGAAGGCGUCAGCCUAAAACGCCGCCAUUUUAUUAG